GGUGACGUCAUCGCCCAGCCGCCGACGACGUGAAUGACAGGUUGGGAUGGCUGUGACUUGAUGGCGAUCACACAGCUGGAAGGCAAAGGGCAUCGGAAAAGAUGUGUGGCUUGCCGUUGCGCUCCCAGUUGGUGCAUGUAUUGAUGCUGUAAAUAUGGCGGUUAGCGACUGAGGCUAAGGUUAUCGUAGUCGCAUUGCAGGACGGGAUAAAUAUACUGCCUCACUGGAGAUUUUACAAUUAGCAGAUAGGUUUCACUAUGAACAGGGUGGCGAGCUAAUGUAAAGAUGCAGAGAUAAUUACGGAAAGGAAUAGAGCUCGUCAAGAAGGCCUGCAAAGUAGAAACUAUAAUGAACAAAACCAAAGAUCGCCGCUGCAAAUGGUGUGGCAUAGUAUACAGCUACAAAGAGAGCUGGUAUGUAAUGUGCCAUAUAAAAGUGUGCAGAAAGCUUGUUGACACAGGAGAGGCAUCUUGUGCCUUAGAAAGUGCUUGUGAUGAGGCAUCACCUUCACCACAACCUGAUAUGUCUUUUGAAGAAGUGUAUAAAAGAUUUAUUGAGAAUGAAAGGAUGAAAGACCAGAUGAUUCACUCUGUGGAAAAGGCUUUUACCUGCACUGAGUGUGGAAAAAAGUUCGAGCGAGCUGCCACUCUGAAGAAACAUAGAGAGACUCACUCUGCAGAAUACUUAUUUGAGUGUUCUAAGUGUGGGAAAAGGUUUAGGGAAAAUGACACUCUAGAGAUACACAAGACAAAGCACACUCGACAAAAGAAAUUAGAGUGUUCAGAAUGUGGGAAAAAGUUUAUUUCACAGACUCCUUUGAAGCGCCAUCUGUUGGCUCACUGUGGAGUAAAACCAUUUAAGUGUUCCGGGUGUGGGAAAAAGUUUACGUCAAAGAGUUCUCUAAAUUUGCACCAACAGACUCAUUUAGAAGCAAAAAUGUUCAAGUGCUCUAUGUGUGAGGAAUGGUUUAAUCAACGUUGUCUGCUGACGAGACACCAGAGGGGACAUACUGGAGAAAACCCUUAAGACAAAACCAAUUAAGUAUUCUGACUCUGGAAAUAAAAUUUAAUGAAAGUGGUGAUCUGGUGAAAAAAACAUGAGUAUUCUGAGUGUGGGAAAAAGGUUGAAUGGAAGUGAUAAUAAGCCAAAGAGACACCAGAUCAUUCACAAAGAGUUGUAGAUGAUUUGUCACAUUCACAUCUGACAUCGGAUGUAAACAGAAGUAUGACAGCAAAGGGAACUACAUCUAUUUACGUUAUAAUAGUGAAGGCCCGAACAACGCUUAAUUCCUUUCUGUAUGAUUAAUUAUUUUUUACUGUAAAUUACAAGAAUCAAAGAAAUUACUCCUAGAGUGGCCAUUUUUUUUGUUUCAAAUAUAAAGCUAUUUGUAAU